UUUUUCUAGAACGAUUCUAGAAAUGAAAUAAAUCCCAGCUUUGUUGGGGUCCACCGAAAAAAGUGGCCUGUUUAUUUAGCUUUUUCCCAGCUAUAGGUGAAUAUAUUUUGAAUACAUAAGUUCUCAUAUGUGAGGCACCAUGACCCAGAACCAGGUGAUCCUCCAGUUCCGCUUCUCCACCUUCGGAGACUCCAUGCUGCAGAAGAUGAACCUUCUUCGCCGCCAGAGCCGGUUCUGCGAUGUCACGGUGCGCAUCAACGACCUGGAGGUUCCCGGGCAUAAGGUGGUGUUUGCCGCCGGCUCGCCCUUCUUGAGGGACCAGUUCAUCCUGCAGGACUCCAGGGACGUCCAGAUCUCCACCAUCCAGGAGGCGCAGGUGGGCCAGCAGCUCCUGCUCUCCUGCUACACUGGCCAGCUGGAGCUCCCUGAGCUGGAGCUGGUCAACUACCUGACGGUGGCUAGCUUUCUCCAGAUGGGCCACGUGGUGGAACAGUGCACCCAGGCCCUCAAGAAGUUCAUCAAGCCCUACCCUCACCUGCAGCCCCAGAAGCAGGAGGAGGAGAGGCCCUCCUCCCGCCACAGAGGCCUGGAGCCUCCGGCCGCCCCUCCGCCGGCCGUGUGUCACCAGGUGGUUGACGAGGACGAGGACGACGUCGUCAUCAUGGAGCCCAGGACUCCGCCCCGUGGGCGAGCGGAGCAGGAGCUGCUGAUAAAGGACAGCCCCAUCACCAUCGUGAAGGUGGAGUCUGUGAGCGAGGAGGUCUCAGACACAGAGAACCCCCCUUCGGGACACUACCCCCCCAGCAGCCCACCAUCCUCCCCACUACACUCUCCCGAAGCCCAACACUCCCUCAUCAACUCCACCGUGGACACGCGCUCCGGCGAGAUGCCGGGCGAGAUGGCUGGCCUCUCCAUGCCAGAGUACCCGCUCAGCCCCCCUCCCGCUGCCACCCCCACGGGCAGAAGCAACAGUCUGGGUGGCGGGCACCUGCGCUACUUCGACAAGUCCCUUCAGUGGUACCACCAGUGCCCGAAAUGUGCCCGCGUCUUCCGCCAGCUGGAGAACUACGCCAACCACCUGAAGAUGCACAAACUCUUCAUGUGCCUUCUGUGUGGCAAGACCUUCACCCAGAAGGGCAACCUGCACCGGCACAUGCGCGUCCACGCCGGCAUCAAGCCCUUCCAGUGUAAGAUCUGUGGCAAGACCUUCACCCAGAAGUGCUCCCUGCAGGAUCACCUCAACCUGCACAGCGGAGACAAGCCGCACCGCUGUAACUACUGUGACAUGGUGUUUGCCCACAAGCCCGUCCUGCGUAAACACCUCAAACAGAUCCACGGGAAGAACAGUUUCGACAAUGCCAACGAGCGCAGCGUGCACGACGGCGUGCACGACGGCGUGCACGACGGCGUGCACAACGGCGUUCUUGACGCGACACACGACGGCUACGCACUGUGAGACUCUGCGUCAGACUGAAAUGCACUGAAAACCAGUGUAGUGGUUAGCUGGUGACAUCCAUGUUUUUAAACCAUGUUGGUUAUGUUUAUGGAAGGAUUAUUGAAGCUAGUCUGGAACCUGUCUGUGUUGAAUGUCAUUUUGUAUAUGAAUACUGUUGGCUUAUUGAUUUUUUAAAGAUCUAGCUUCCAAAUCACAGUUUAAUUUUAAAUCCAUGACAUUUUAGAGUAGGUUUAGGCCACUGCAAGUGUUCUUUUGUGAAAAGGUGUGUGCUAAAAUGUUGUUUAAGAACUGACAUGAUUUCCCUUCUCCCUAGAAGGUAAUGUAGGACCAAAGUGAAAACUGUGUUUCCAUAAACAUGUCAUUUUCAAUAUCAAAUGACUUAGAUCAGUGGUUCUCAAACUAGGGUGCCCCUUUCCAGUGGUACGCGGAGGAAUCUCAGAUUAUUUAAAUACCUUAACCAUUAUAUAAUUGAAAUGUGAUUUAAAAUAAGUUUUGCCUUCCCUAUAAUAUUUUUGUUUCGAAACAAAAAUAAAUGUUGGCACGCGCUACUACCUGACUUUUCCCGGGUAUUGCCGCAUGCAAACAUCCACACACACGUGAACUGUGUGUAGCUCAAUAGGGUAGGCUUACAGUACUGUAUUUUAACGUUGGUCAUAAUGGUGGUACUUGGAGAGUGAAAUAUUUUCUGAUGUGGUACGGGGUGUAAAAAGUUUGAGAACCACUGACUUGGAUAAUAAACGUGUCUUAGAUCUGGUGUUGUAACGUCAAUAGGUUUUUUUCUUCUUAAGGAAUAUGUUUUGUGGACAACUUUAAUCUGCCUUAAUAUAUAUUACAUAUAAUUAAGAAUCCUAAAUAGAAUAAAUUAUUUUCCCCAGUGAAUCAUUCAAAUUUUCUUA